GCGCAGGAGAAGAGAUUUGGGGAGUGUCUGAGCAGCUCGUUGGAUGUGAAUAACCGCAGACGCUGAAGCCAAGAAGAGCAUCUGCAUGAACAAUGAACCGGCGGACUUGGACGGAAAUCGUUUGGUGAAACGGACAUAAAGUGGACGUGUGAGCAGCGCUGGGGAGAUGGAAAUGCAGGAAAGCGGCGAUUUGCUGGAUGUCUGUGGCGUGAAUGACCUCUAACGAAACAGGGAAUUAGGAAUUUAUACUUUGUUGUCUGCAAAGUCAAUCCUCGCAUCGAGUGUUAAUGUUGGCUGGCCUGUGUUUGGUUGUUGAUGAACAUUAUAACCAAGGCCAAGCAUUUUAUACCUUAAGUAGCCUUAUUGUCUCGAUUUAUUUAUUUCAAUUUCUGGUCAUUGAAUGGCCUUUAGUCUACUAUUGUUUAUUUCAAAGUGUCGAAUAGUUAUUGCAGUACGAUUUUAAUACACGUUAUUAAACCACUGCCUCAUAUUUACGUGCUCUGACCACAGGCGAAUAUUAAUUAUAGCAGAUCAGCCUUUCUUUUAUGAAAUACUGAUGCCAUAAUCCACUCGGUGUCAUGAGUUGGCCAUCUGUCGCGGACACCUACUUAAACCUGCAAGCAGAUUAAUCAAGGUGUAAGGAUUUAAAGGCAUCAGUCAGGACGUUUCUGUGGCAGAACUCUGCUGGGCUUCCUGGUAAAGGAGGGGAUGCUCUUGGCCACAGUUGGCUCAUUGGAGGAGAGAGACGAGGAGCAGGAGGACGAAGGCGACGAAGAGUUGAGGGAUGGAGGGGUGCCUUUCUAUGUGAACAGAAGUGGCUUCCCGGUGGAUGAGGAGACUUGGGAGAGGAUGUGGCGCCAUGUGGCUCGAAUCCAUCCCAGCGGUGAAGCAUUGGCGAAGGAGAUAAGAGGUGCUACUGACCUGCCCAAGAUUCCAAUACCAAGUGUGCCUACAUACCAGCCUACCACCACUAUCCCACAGCGCCUGGAAGCCAUACAGAAGUACAUCAGGGAAUUGCAGUACAAUCACACAGGAACGCAGUUUUUUGAAAUAAAGAAAAGCCGCCCUCUUACUGCGUUAAUGGACAUUGCUAAGGAGAUGACGCGGGAGGCUCUGCCAAUCAAAUGUCUGGAGGCAGUGAUCUUGGGAAUUUACCUCACCAACAAUAUGCCUGCCGUGGAGCGCUUCCCCCUCAGCUUUAAAUCUCAGUUCUCAGGGAACCACUUCCACCACAUUGUGCUGGGAGUCCACAGCGGGGGACGCUUCGGAGCGCUGGGCAUGAGCCGAAGAGAGGACCUCAUGUUUAAGCCCCUGGAAUUUCGAACACUACUGGACUUGGUCCAGGAGUUUGAAGGAGCAUACAGGGGCUACUGGCACACCUUACGAAAAGUCAAGAUUGGCCAGUACGUUUCCCACGAUCCUCACAGCGUGGAGCAGAUAGAGUGGAAACAUUCGAUACUUGAUGUGGACAAGCUCACCAAGGAGGAGCUACGGAAGGAGCUGGAGAGACAUACUCGAGACAUGAGGCUAAAGAUAGGAAAGCCUGCACCUCCAUCUCCCACCAAAGAUAGGAGGAACAGCAUGGGUUCACCCCUCAGAGGACCAGGCAGCCCCAUACGGAGGAUCAGCCGUGUUGAGAGGCGCCCCUCUGGAGACAAGAAGGUUUUGGAACAAAAAUCCUCCACAGAUAUGAACGGAUACCAGAUUCGAGUCUGAGGAAGAUUUCUUUUUUUAGAUAACUAGCAGAUUUCAAAGCACCACACAGGGUGUUAGAUUUUGCCAUAGAAUACGAGCGUAACAGAACACGUUCAUUAGAAAAUUAUAUUAUUUCCACACGUGCACAUAUUAACUGCCACCCACUCACAAGUCCUCAUGCACAAAUUCAAUAACCAGGAUGCAGCUGCAAGCUGGACACAAAAAACACAGGGAGAGGCAAAGAAUGGGACAUGUGUCUGAGAGAGUUUCUGCUUGGUGCUGGAGGACACAUGCGCUCUCACAGGUUAAUGCUAUGGCACAGCUAAAGCUGUGAAAUGACAUCAUCUUUCAAAUGUGUUUUGUUUAAAA